GUUUGGCUCUGAGAGCUGGCAUCGCGCGGGGCAGCCCGGAGACACUGCAGAUCACAAAUGCCGCCCAAGAAAAAGGCCAGGAAGCGGCCGCGCGAGGAGGAGAAGACGGAGAGCGCUCUGGCCUCGUCGGUGCUAAGCGCCGUGACCUGCCCGAUCUCGCACAGCCUCGCGGUGCAGCCGGUGCUCGCCGAAGACGGCCAGUGCUACGAACGCGAAGAGAUACGCAAAUGGCUGGAAAAGAAAAAUACGUCUCCGGUCACCAACGAGCGCAUGGGGACUAGACUUGUCGACCACGUCGCGGGCCGGAAUCUGGCCUCGUCCUUGAUCGCGAGCGGCGCCGUAGAUGCCGAGGCGGCAAGUGCGUGGCACCUUGCAUCGGCGCGCCUCAAGAUAGUCGGAAAGCUACCCGGCGGCUUAGAUUCGGCUAAGGAGCAUCUCCUGGCGGCGAGGCCGCCUCCCGAGCACACGGCGACAGAUCAGUCGCCCGCGUGCGAGACGCUCCUAGAGGCGUGCGAACUCCGCGAACGCAUGACGGCCGUUGUCAAGCGGGGCAACGAGCUAGACGUUGGCAUCGAGGUCGAGCGGCUGCUCGCGAGUACUCUCACUCAUACAUUCAAUGGAAUAACUGGUAAGCAAAUGACCGAGUUCCGCGACGAUUUGGUGCCGGGACAAUCCAUGGUUCGCGUCAUUGACGACGAGGACAAGCUUGAAAUACUCCACAAGCGGGCAAAUUUGACUUGGUUUCAAGAAAAGUCGGAGGUCUGCGGCGAAGCUAUGACUGUCGAGAGGUUGCUUCCCAGCAGAUCUGGCUACAUACUUGGCGGGUGGAUUAUUCCCUAUCGCGCGUGCAUCCUCGUCAAGCUGUGAUAUAGCUGCCUAAGCUUACUAGUGCGCAUACUCGUUACACGACUAAGGGGGA